AUUACUUUGACUAAACAGAAAGAUCCGCCCCGUGCUUUCCGUCGGAAAAGCUUGGUAAGGCUGGGCAAACCUUGCCCAAAUAUGAUUUGGCACCCUGCCCCUGGUCGCCCCACCCACUGCGAGACGCAGUAAAGGCCUCUUUUUUAUCUCCUACGGCACGUUUUUGGCAUACUUUCUCAGCAACAGCAAGUUUCGCAUUUCAGUUCUGGAUGAUGUUUCAUUUCUCUUGUUGUUCUACUCCUUUGGGACCUUUCCACAAACCUUUCUGACUGGGCUCCUCGGCGAGAGUGACGCCGUUACUUUUAGGAGAAAUACGGUGGGCGGGAUCCGGAGGUGAUCGAAUUGUGCUUGGUUGUCAGACAGGCCGCCGGCACUGUACAUGUCCACGUUGUCCUUCUUUAAUCAACCAGGCGUUUAUUCUGCACAUAUCUAUGAGACAUAACAAAAGCAACUUUGGGAAAUAUACUUAAGAGAAGCACACCCUUCAUUCAGACAGUCCUACUUUUCUCAUCUCUCAGGUGGACAGAGGCCAAGAGCCGGACACUUUACAGGCACUUCAACUUCAGUUUCAUCUCCGUGCUGUCUGCUCAAAUCAUUUGGUAAAUCUUCAGUGGGGUGCCAUGGCUGCCUCCCUGGAAGAAGAGGUGGAGGCAGUUCAUGUAACCAACCUUGAUAGACCGAAGUACACUGAAGAAGACUCUUUGUGUGAGGAUGAGUUGGAUCGUCUCAGAGAGGCCACAGAUGACCGGCCAUUUUUAGUGAUUUAUCAUCUAAAGAAUUUCAGGGACAAGAACAUCCCCAUUUUCCUGAAAGGGACACCAAUCAGCUGUCGAGUUGAAAGUACAGAAAGGCAUACCACACGAUCUAAGGUCAAAAUCUGCACACUUUACACUGUGCGACUUACACAUGGUCAGUUUACUUGGACAGUAAAAAAGAAGUAUAAGCACUUCCAGGAACUUCACAGAGAUGUACAGGCUCAGAAGAUGCUGAUGACAUUUUUGCCCUUGGGGCGGUUUGCCAUUCAGAGACAACAGCUAGAAGCACUUGGUGGAGACAUGCCGACACUUCAUGGGGCAGACAGGAACCGUCGGGCAUCCAGCAAACCAAAACAUCUGGAAGUUUACCUAAAUGAACUCCUAGAGAACAGCUUCUGUAGGACUUUCAGUGGCAUGAUGGAAUUUCUAGAUGUCAGCCCAUUGUCUUUCAUCAAGGACCUUGGACCAAAAGGAUUGGAAGGUUUUAUCCUGAAACGGUCGGGGGGCCACCGCAUCCAAGGAUUGAAUUGCAUUGGACACCAUCAGUUCUGCUAUCGCUGGUCACGCAGAUGGCUUGUUGUAAAGGACUCCUUCUUGCUGUAUAUGAAGCCUGAGGCAGGAAUCAUUUCCUUUGUGCUUCUGUUUGACCCAGAACUCAAAGUUCAGGUGGGCCGACGUUUCACUGAAACCAAAUAUGGGGUCUGCAUCCAGAACUUUGCCAGAACUCUGAUCAUUAAGUGCAGCAGUUACCGACAAGCCCAGUGGUGGAGCUACGAAAUCCAGGGUUUGGCAAAACAGUAUUCUAAGGAUUUCCUCCAGACACAUCGUUUUGGUUCAUAUGUACCAAUACGCCACAACUCAUUGUGCAAAUGGUAUGUAAAUGGAUGUGGCUAUUUUGCCGAUGUGGCGGAGGCCUUGGAGCAAGCUAAGGAGGAGAUCUUCAUUACGGACUGGUGGUUAAGUCCAGAAAUUUUUUUGAAAAGGCCUGCAAAUGAUGACUAUUGGCGGCUGGAUAAGAUCCUCCAUCGUAAAGCGGAGCAAGGUGUCAAGGUCUGCAUUCUUCUUUUCAAGGAGGUGGAGCUGGCCCUUGGCAUCAACAGUGGAUAUAGUAAAAAGACUCUCAUGUCCCUUCAUCAUAACAUUAAGGUGAUGCGUCAUCCUGAUCAUGUAUCCUCUAUUGUCUUCCUCUGGGCGCACCAUGAAAAGAUGGUUGUCAUAGAUCAGUCGGUUGCUUUUCUGGGUGGCAUUGAUCUAGCGUAUGGAAGAUGGGAUAAUCAUCACUACAGGUUGACAGACAUUGGGAACAAAACAAGCAAUGAACAAACUAUCAAGGACCCAGAGGCUGAGCAGAACUCUGAGUCAGUACCAGAUAAACAGCUUGACUCCAUUGUUGACCUACACUAUCUAAGGGACAAUAACAAAUUGUGGCUCGGCAAAGACUACUGCAACUUUAUUGCGAAAGACUGGGUGCAGCUGGAUAAGCCAUUUGAAGAUUUCAUUGACCGCUACAAAACUCCUAGAAUGCCUUGGAGAGAUAUUGGAGCAGUAGUACAUGGCAAGGCAGCUCGUGACCUAGCUCGACAUUUUAUUCAGCGCUGGAACUUUACCAAGAUUUUUAAGAAUAAAUACAAAGAUACAUUUUACCCAUGCUUGCUACCCAAGUCUCUCAGAACUGCCUCAGAGUUACCUUUCAAAGUGUCUGGAGCAACGUCUGCACAUGUCCAGAUCCUCCGUUCAGUGGACCGCUGGUCAGCAGGUACAUGUGAGUCCUCUAUUGAGAAGGCUUAUGUUGAGACCAUUGAAAACAGCCAGCACUACAUAUACAUUGAGAACCAGUUCUUCAUCAGCUGUGCAGAUGGCAAAAAUGUAUACAAUGGGAUUGGAGAUGCUAUAGUAAAAAGGAUCCUGCAAGCUCACAGUGAGAACAAGACAUUCCGUGUGUUUGUUGUGGUUCCUCUGCUACCUGGCUUUGAAGGAGACAUCACCACUGGAGGUGGAAAGUCCAUACAGGCCAUCUUGCACUUCACCUACAGAACAAUGUGCAGAGGUGACUCUUCAAUCUUGACACGCCUUAAACUACAAAUGCAGGGUCGGUGGAAGGAUUACAUUUCAUUUUGUGGGCUCCGUACACAUGCCCAGCUCCAAGGGACACUAGUCUCCGAGCUCAUCUACGUUCACAGCAAGAUGCUUAUUGCCGAUGACAGAAGGUUCAUUAUAGGUUCUGCUAACAUCAAUGACCGCAGUAUGCUGGGUAACAGAGAUAGUGAGCUUGCAGUCAUGGUGGAGGAUUCUGAAAUGGUGGAGUCAGUAAUGGAUGGGCAGGAGUAUCAAGCAGGUCGCAUGGCACUGGCACUGAGACUGGAAUGUUUCAGAGUGCUAUUGGGUUCUGACAGUGACCCCAGUAUUGACAUUCAGGAUCCUGUGAGUGAGAGUUUCUUCCAAGAGGUAUGGCAGAAGACAGCUGCCUCCAAUGCUUCCAUCUAUGACAAGGUGUUUAGAUGUCUUCCCACCAACAGUGUUCACAAUAUCCGGACUCUGAAGGAGUAUGCUGCUGUGGACAAGAUGGCUGAAAGUGACCCUGACAAAGCCAGCAGUGAGCUGGAACAAGUCAGGGGUUAUUUGGUCCAUUAUCCUCUCCACUUCUUGUGUGAGGAGAAUUUGCUGCCCCCACUGAACAGCAGAGAAGGAAUGAUCCCUGUGGAGGUUUGGACGUAGCCUAAAAGGAUGUGCACAGACUCUCUACUGGAAUCAGUGGAACAUUUUUCUAUUUGCACUUGACUAGAAAAUCAUUGAAACUGCAGUAUUCUUAGUAUACAAUUAUCAUUUUAGAGCUUCCUUCCAGCUAGCAUUAGAUGACUUGUGAGGGUGUGUGCCCUCUUAAUAACUUUGGUGCUAUAGCAGAUAAUGGAAUACUUAUUGAUUCUUCUUCCUGGACGUUAGCUAACUCUCAGAGUGCUGUAGACUUGACUUGCCACAAAUGUAUGGGUGAGUAAAUUAAAAUUCAGCCAGGCCACUUAGACACUAACUCUAGUCAGCAAUGACCAGAAGCUGCAAUAAACACGUAAAAUUAAUAUUUUCCACAACCCAUGUUAUCUGUGACUUCAUGCCUAUUAAGAUGUAGUUAAAUUAUAAAAAUUCUCUCUGUGUUAUUGAACAUGCAUACUGUACAUGCAUGGCUUCUUGGUCUGUAGCCAGUGAUAAUCGGCAAAAUGGAUCCUGAUAGCAGAGAGCCUGGAAAAUGUCUGAGGAGCACAAUUGGGUUCCACAUACAUCCCGUCAAAGCCGUCUGUGCUCUAACCCUACAUACAUAAGCAACCAUAUCUGUAAAGGGCAUCACAAAGCACAGAUUUUGGUUCAUAAUCAGUUUUGAUGAAGCCAAUGAAUUUUGUUAAAAGCUUCAUGCUGUUUCUUCCCAUUGAUAUCUCAGGGCAAUGAGCCAGUGGCCUCUGGUGCUGCCACCUGUAAGUCAUUUGAAUCCCUACCCAGCUACCGAACUGGACAAGGUCUACAAUCUGUUCUUAGCUUUUCCACUUGUCUAACUGGAAAGGUUAUUUUUUUACUAGUGCAUAUGACUCAUCCUGAUUUGUGUUCUGCAGUACUAGGCAUCAAUCUGUCACUUAUCCCACACCCCCACCCCCCUAACUUCCCACCACUUCCACCACCGCUCUCAGAUAAAAGACAGCUUGCAGCACACACCCGCAAGUGCCAAUGAUGCAGCUCUCUGAGGCAGUAUUCAGAUCAGCGGCGGUGCCUCUGUUGUUAUGGAGACAGGUAGAGAGGCCUCCACAGGCUGUACAGGGCUGCGUAAUAAUUAUAAUUACAACUGGAUGUGACAAUCAAGAGCCCUUGCUGCAUUGUUUCACAUGUUGUUAUGGAAACGGGCCUUUUUUUUUUUUGGGUUCCUGUUAUGUAAGGCCAGGUUCAUCACUGCACUGUGUUCUGUUUUUUCUGAAGUUGAAGGAAGAGCUCCCACGCAUGUGGGGGAACACAAGAAGGGUAGGAGUCUUUUUUACUAUUAAAGGCGAAGGACUGCAAUGAAGCAGACACACUCCUCUGCUCUGUCUGGGAUAAACAACAGCCUACCUGCACCUGCCUGUGAAGUCCACACAUGUGUCAGAGUGAGGUGCUCUUUCCGGGUGCCAUUAGAGCAGGGGUUUGCGAGCAUUAAAAAUGGUGUAACAACAGCCUUGGUGAACUUAAUGAAUGAAGUGCCUCCUAUAGACUUAGACAGUUCACCCACUCUGAAAUACCUUUUAAGCUAAUUUACUUAUUCUUUCAGGUGGGGCAGUACCUGAAUAUGGUUGGUGCUACAUGCUCAAUUCAGUUAGGUCUCUCCAGCAAAUGUUGGAUGAGUUUUUUUAUUUUUACCUUGACUGGAUUUUUAAUUAGGAGCUGGUAUAAAGAAAUAUUUAGUUUUGCUAAAACUAAAUACAAUAAUAAAUAUAUACAAAGAAUGAGGACUAUCAUUGGUUUUCUUUGAAGUGCUUCAUAUUUUCCAGAUUUUUCAGCUAUAACAGAUUGUCAUGACAUUUUAACAGACUAUACCAAGGCUCUGCAGCAGUGUUCACAGUCUGCAGUGUCAUCUUAAGCAUUAUCACCAGCUGCCUCUGCUUUUUAGUUUGGUCAGUCAUUAGGAUUUCUGGGCAAAAUGGUGGUGUAGUUGUUAGUGCUGCUGCUUCUUGGUUCAGCUCCCAGCUUUAUCAUGUUCUUGUGUGAAGUUUUCUUUGUUCUCCUCUUGCUUCUCUUUUUGUUUUUCUCAUCAUCUCUUAAUUAAACUGCUAACAAUGAGUGUGGUCUACUGUUCUGAAAUAGACUGGACCCUCAUUGUGUUUCUUACCCGCUUUAACCCUGGUGGGUUGUGGCUCUGUGUAAAUACUUAAUUAGAUUUUAAUUACCUUUACUAUUCCAUACUUUUCUUAUUGAAAUCUAUUUCCUUCAUCUUUUUCGGAACCACCCAGUAAAAACAUCAUUGUGCAAAUCUAUUGCAUUGCUUUCAGUGUUAAAAUCUGAGCCAGACCAAAAAUGCUCAGACAGAUAACAUGUAAGUUAUCAACUGUUAUAUAACAGUUCACUGAUCAUCCAAAUAUUUGCUGAACCUUUUUAUUCCAAUUACAGGAUUGUGGGAAAGAGGAGCUUUUCCUGGCAGCAUGGGGUAAAUUUAGUCGCCAGUUAACCUUUUACAUGUGGCUUUUGGAUGCUGAAGUAAACCAGAAUCACUGGAGAACAUGUGGGCAAUGUUAAUGCCACACCGAUGGUGAUUUGGCUGGAAUUGUGAAACUACUGCACUAAUCACUAUCCGGCUUGUUUGUCCUCAUUAAUAAUCCAUCAAAAAGAGAUAAACCCUGGUAGAUAACCUUAUUUCAGAACACACACA